GGAAAGCGAGAGGGAGAAAGCGAGCGGGAGGGCGGGGUGUGGAGGCAGCUCCUGCCGCUGGGCGUGUGCCCGGCCCCCGGUGCUGCGUGACCGCGCGGGAGGAGCAGGAGGAGGAGUGUGGGUGCGGGGAAUUUCCUUGUGUGGCGGCGGAGGAACAACACCGCUCCAGACGGCGGGGCUGCGAGGAGGGCGCUGCCGCCGCCGCCGCCGGUUGCCGAGCGAUGUGAGGGGGAGCCCCCCUGCGCCCUCCCCUCCCUGCCCCCGGAGCCGCCUGCUUUCCCCCUCCCUCCCCUCGCUCAUCCCCGCCCCGCCAUGCCGGACCAGAUCUCCGUGUCGGAAUUCGUGUCCGAGACCAAUGAGGAUUACAAGUCGCCCACCGCCUCCAACUUCACCACCCGGAUGGCCCAGUGCAGGAACACGGUGGCGGCCAUCGAGGAGGCUCUGGAUGUUGACCGAACUGUUCUCUAUAAAAUGAAGAAAUCUGUCAAAGCCAUAAACUUAUCUGGUCUGGCUCACGUGGAAAAUGAAGAACAGUAUACACAAGCACUGGAGAAGUUUGGAGGCAACUGUGUUUGCAGGGAUGACCCAGAUUUGGGAACAGCGUUUUUAAAAUUUUCUGUAUUUACAAAGGAAUUAACUGCACUCUUCAAAAAUUUGAUUCAGAAUAUGAACAACAUAAUCACUUUUCCAUUGGACAGUUUGCUGAAGGGAGAUCUGAAAGGAGUAAAAGGGGACCUGAAAAAACCCUUUGAUAAGGCUUGGAAGGACUAUGAAACGAAAGUUACGAAAAUAGAGAAGGAGAAAAAAGAGCACGCUAAGCUACAUGGGAUGAUCCGUACAGAAAUAAGUGGAGCUGAAAUUGCAGAAGAGAUGGAGAAAGAAAGAAGGUUCUUCCAGUUACAAAUGUGUGAGUAUCUACUGAAAGUCAAUGAAAUCAAGAUUAAAAAAGGAGUGGACUUGCUUCAGAACUUGAUCAAGUACUUUCAUGCUCAGUGCAAUUUCUUUCAGGAUGGGUUAAAAGCGGUUGAAAGUCUCAAGCCUUCAAUUGAGAUGCUCUCAACAGAUCUUUAUACAAUUAAACAAGCACAAGAUGAAGAAAGAAGACAAUUAACACAGCUUAGGGAUAUUUUAAAAUCAGCACUCCAAGUUGAUCAGAAAGAGUCUAGGAGAGAUUCUCAGAUUCGCCAGAGUACAGCUUACAGUUUACAUCAGCCUCAGGGAAACAAGGAACAUGGCACUGAACGGAAUGGUAGUCUGUAUAAGAAAAGUGAUGGAAUCAGAAAAGUGUGGCAGAAAAGGAAGUGCUCAGUUAAAAAUGGUUUUCUUACAAUUUCCCAUGGUACAGCUAACCGACCUCCAGCAAAGCUCAAUCUGUUAACCUGCCAAGUGAAAACAAACCCAGAGGAGAAAAAAUGUUUUGACCUCAUAUCACAUGACAGAACAUACCAUUUUCAAGCAGAGGAUGAACAGGAAUGUCAAAUAUGGACAUCUGUGCUACAAAACAGCAAAGAGGAAGCUUUAAAUAAUGCAUUCAAAGGAGAUGAUAACACAGGAGAAAAUAAUAUUGUCCAGGAACUGACAAAAGAAAUUAUAUCUGAAGUCCAGAGGAUGACUGGAAAUGAUGUUUGUUGUGACUGUGGAGCACAAGAUCCUACCUGGCUUUCAACAAAUUUGGGAAUUCUAACUUGCAUUGAAUGCUCAGGAAUCCAUAGAGAACUCGGUGUUCACUAUUCCAGGAUGCAAUCACUUACAUUAGAUGUGCUGGGAACAUCUGAACUUUUGCUUGCAAAGAAUAUUGGUAAUGCUGGGUUUAAUGAGAUUAUGGAGUUCUGUCUGCCAGUUGAUGAGACGGUCAAACCUAACCCAAGCAGUGAUAUGAAUGCAAGAAAAGAUUAUAUUACUGCCAAGUAUAUUGAGAGAAAAUAUGCAAGGAAAAAGCACGCUGACAAUGCAGCUAAAUUGCAUGCUCUUUGUGAAGCAGUCAAAUCAAGAGACAUUCUUGGUUUAGUUCAAGUAUAUGCUGAUGGCGUGGAUCUCACAGAAAAAAUACCACUGGCCAAUGGCCAUGAGCAAGAUGAAACAGCACUGCACCUUGCUGUUAGGUCAGUCGAUCGAACAUCACUUCAUAUAGUUGACUUUUUAGUGCAGAACAGUGGCAAUCUAGAUAAGCAAACCUGUAAAGGUAGCACAGCCCUGCAUUACUGCUGUCUAACAGACAACGUUGAGUGCCUCAAACUGCUGCUGAGAGGGAAGGCUUCUAUUGAAAUAGCAAAUGAAGCAGGAGAGACGCCACUAGAUAUAGCUAAACGUUUAAAACAUACUCACUGUGAAGAGUUGCUUACUCAAGCACUGUCUGGAAGAUUUAAUUCUCAUGUUCAUGUAGAAUAUGAGUGGCGGUUACUCCAUGAAGAUCUGGAUGAAAGUGAUGACGAUGUGGAUGAAAAGCUGCAGCAACCCAGUCCCAAUCGGAGAGAGGACAGGCCUGUCAGCUUCUACCAACUUGGGUCAAACCAACUUCAGCCUAAUGUAGCAUCCUUGGCAAGAGAUGCAGCGAACAUUGCUAAGGAUAAGCAAAGAGGGUUUAUGCCAAGUAUAUUACAGAAUGAAACAUAUGGAGCAAUACUUAGUGGCAGUCCACCUCCCGUUCAGCCUGCAGUACCUGUUACAAGUAGUGCACCUCCUCUACCUCCAAGGAAUAUUGGCAAAGUUCAGCCUUCAGUUCUUGGCAGUGGUAUUCAGACAAUUUCUUCAUCUAAUGCAAUGUGGAAGACAAAUUCUUUAGGAGUGGAAAGUAUAAGCAGGCAGAGGUCUUCAUCUGAUCCACCAGCUAUUCAUCCCCCUGUGCCGCCAUUGCGUGUAACAUCUACAAAUGUACUUUCUCCAGCACCACCACCUCCAGUGGCAAAGACAGCCAGCAUUAUAGAAGCUCUGAACCAGCAAUCAAAACAGCAACCAACUCCUCCACAAACUAAGCCAACCCCACCACCAUUGCCCCCACAACCUCCAAGUAGAAUCUCUCAAAGAAAGCCUAUUCCUGGGACUGAGAAGUCAUCUGGCUUAACUAACAAAGGGCAGACCAGAGGACCUGGGUCUCUACAACAACCCGCAGGAGAGUCGUCUUCUGUAUGCGACGUUCCAGGAACACAGGCUGGUUCUACAACAAAUACUUUGGCACAAAUCCAGCCACCAGCACCAAUGCCAAGGAAAUCACAAAUAUCAAAAACUAAACCCAAGAGAGUAAAAGCAAUUUACAACUGUGUAGCAGAUAACCCAGAUGAGCUAACUUUUUCAGAGGGAGAUAUUAUUGUAGUUGAUGGUGAAGAAGAUCAGGAGUGGUGGAUUGGUCAUAUUGAUGGAGAUCCCAGUCGGAAAGGAGCUUUCCCUGUAUCAUUUGUGCACUUUAUUGUUGACUAAAUUGCUACUGAUAAGCAAAGACAUUUCUCAUUUCCAGCAGUCACAGAAAUAAGUUUUGUUCUAUUCCAUUUCACCUACCUAUCUGCAGACACCUUGCCAGAGCACUGCCCAAGUUCUAGGUACUGUAGUUUACUUUUUUAUUGCCAUCAUUCUGAUUUGGGGACUUUUAAAACUUUUUUCUAUGUGAAAACUUCUCAUAAGCAGUUUACACUUU